UCUCGGCUGAGUUUUAAUCUUACUUCAUGUACGCUUACUUCAUGGCAAAAUUUCACCAAAGUUGUGGUGAGUGCUUCCAACAUGGUUACUUAAAAUUGAAGAAAAUGCGGAUCCAACGGGCGAUACCAUUGGUGGGAUUGAUGGUAUUGUUGAUUUUAUCUCUACAACAGAGUUUGCUUCAUAAUUGUGCCACAACUCCGAACUAUUCACGUAGUAACUCUGUCGCCCCAGAACCAGAAACGAAAAAUCAUACAGAACAACGUGGCAGAAGUUGCCACAAGUCCAAUCUGGACACAAAAGGGACAUUUUUAGCGAAGAUGUUAUCAUUCAGAAUACCUAUAAUUGCUCAAAAUACAUGGAACUUCAAAAGUGUAGAUUUCCAAACAGAGAUCCUAACAGCUUCCAAGAUUUUCCUUUGGCCUUUGGAAUCAGCACCUACCAUCAAGUGGGUAUUUUGGAACUCUUUUUGGCCUCAUCAUUCCACCCUUUGGACUCCUACUGUAUUCACGUUGAUGCCAAAGCCAAGGACAAAGUGAAGACUGCCAUUGACCAAUUGGUGGGCUGCUAUCAAUGGAAAUAUCCCGAAGCCAAUAUAUUUACCGUAGAUGAUCCAGUGGCAGUAUUUUGGGGGCAUAUUUCUGUGUUGGAAGCGGAUUUCAAAUGUAUGCGACUUUUGCGAGACAAUUAUAAAGAUUGGAACCUCUUUCUUAAUUUGGCUGGAACGGAAUUACCCUUGAAACCGAUGCCAGAAAUUCGAAGGAUUCUAAAGAACUUCCCGGACGGAACUUUAGAGAGUUAUGCUGUUCCCAGUUACCAAAUGAAAAGAUUCAAGGUCUCCAUGGAACUGAAAAGAAUUGGCCAAGGAGACUUCGACCUCGAGCUUGUCAAAACUGAUCGCGUGAAAGAUCUUCCCCCAGGAAAUAUUACAAUAAGAAAAGGCUACAAGAAUGUAGCAUUGCCUCCAUAUAUGGUCGACUUUUUUCUGGACUCACCGUACUGUCAUGAGUUCUUAAAUUGGAUUAGUGAUACUCAUAUCCCGGACGAACAUUUCUACUCAACCAUGAUUACUAAAUUCAAUCAAACCACUCGCGAUGUUCAAGACUUGCAAGAUUUGGACACAGAUUUUACUCACGGGGUUUGUCUAAGGCUGACCUGGUGGUAUGAUGACAAUUGUCGGGGCAAAAGUAUCCGGGCAGUUUGCAAUUUUGGACAAGAAGAUUUGCCUCGCCUGCAUAAAGACACUAAAUGUUUGUUUGGAAACAAGUUCAAUCUUGACGUGGACGCAGUUGCCCCAAUUCAGCAUAUCUUACAUGUUUUGGAAACCUGAACUGUAACUGUAAGAUUCUUUCGCAAUUUUAAUUGUUUUCAUGUCUGUUUAUUUUUCUUUUGUGAACUUCCUUACUUCUACUGGGAAUGGGAUCUCUAACACUUCAAGUCCAAAAACAGUAUUAAUUAUCCACAAAGUGUGUUGAGAGUCCUUAAAAUGUAGUAACACCAGUAGUCCUGUUUAUGCUGAUGACACAAAGAUAGCUUGUGGUAGGUAGUAGCCAAGCCCAAAAUAGUCUGGUGCCUAACACUUCUUUCUCUGGCCCCUUCAUUGUUCAAUCUGCUGUCCUCAAAUAUCCAAUAGCAUCAUUUAAAAGUCGGACUUAGACAGUUUCUUCGUGAAAUGCAAGAUCAAUCCCAUAUAGUAAAGGGCUAACCGAGUUGGAAGAUCAGAUAUGAUAUGAAUAUAAAAUCUAGUAGAACACAUGCGUUUUUCAUCUAAAGCUGUUGGAAAUUAACCAAAACAUUCAAAUCCAUGAAGUCCAACUCUCUUCUUUCUCGGGCUCCUUCAUUGUUCAAUUUGCGGCCCUCAAAUAUUCGUAGGGCGUAUGUAGGCGUUGAUCCAGUAGAUGCAUUUUCGUCAGACAUGGACAUGUUUGUGGCUAUAGCAUGAGCUGGAACGUCAUGAAAUUAGACAAACCACUUCAAAGUAAUUGGCCGGUUUGGAGUUGUAUUUAAAAGCGUAUAUAAGUUGGCUUUAAAAGAUGGCAUUCGAUCAUCUAAAAAAUAGAAUUGUCACAAGUAAGAAGGUAAAAGAUGUUAUUGACUGGGAGCUCUUAAUGUAUAAGACAAGGAUUUUUUUUUCACGGCUUUGAAUAGUUUGGUUUCAUUAUGACUAGACUAUAUUCUCACUUCACACGUAAUACUGCAGUCUCUAUACCACAUACUGUCUCUAUGGUCCUGU